CUCCCAUCUAGUGUAUUUGGGAGACAUGAAUGCAGAGCAAAACUGAAAGGAAGGGAAAGGAAAGCCCUCUUAUUCUCGUUCAUCUUCAUCUGCUACUGAACACUUCGAACUGUGUGCAUCGCGUUUCAUCUCAAUGAACGCUAUUCCGACUCUCCAAUUUUUCUGCGGAGAGAUACAAUAAACUCAAACAAACCUAAUCGCGAAUGGCGGUUUCCGAAGAAGAAUGCUCUUCCGCCAAGUCAGGUCCGUCUUCGUCUUCCUCCGCCUCGCGCUGCUACCUCUCCAAGUGCGUUCUCAGAGGCAGCGUCGUUCUUCAGGUUCUCCACGCUAACAUCCGUUCUCCCUCCUCCAACGACGUCGUUUUCGGCAAGGAAACAUCCAUUGAAUUGGUGGUUAUUGAUGAGGAUGGGAAUGUGCGAUCUGUGUGUGAUCAGCCUGUCUUUGGCACCAUCAAAGAUCUUGCCAUAUUGCCCUGGAAUGACAAAUUUCGCGCGCGUGAUCCACAGCUGUGGGGCAAAGACCUUUUGGUUGCUACAUCUGAUUCUGGGAAGCUGUCGUUGCUCACAUUUUGCAAUGAAAUGCACAGGUUUGUUCCUGUAACACAUAUUCAGCUAUCUAAUCCUGGAAACACAUUGGAUCUUCCUGGAAGAAAGCUAACAGUUCAUUCCAGUGGUUGUUUUAUUGCUGCCAGUGCAUACGAAGAUCGGCUGGCUUUGUUUUCUAUGUCAAUGUCCAGUGGUGAUAUCAUUGAUGAGAGAAUUGUAUAUCCUUCUGAAAGUGAAGGAACAACAAAUACUUCCAGAAGCAUUCAGAGAACCAGCAUACGUGGUACUAUUUGGAGCAUCUGCUUCAUUUCACAAGAUUCCAAACAAGAAAGAAAGGAGCAUAAUCCUGUACUAGCUGUUAUUAUAAAUAGGAGGGGAGCAGUUCUAAAUGAAUUAUUAUUAUUGGAGUGGAAUGUUAAAGCACGUAAAAUCUUUGUUAUUUCUCAGUAUGUUGAAGCUGGACCUCUAGCAUAUGACAUUGUUGAAGUUCCUAACUCUGGGGGACUUGCAUUUCUAUUCAGAGCUGGUGAUGUACUCUUAAUGGAUCUUAGAGAUCAUCGCAACCCAUCCUGUGUCUGCAAGACUAACUUGAACUUUUUACCCAAUGCUAUGGAAGAACAGCCUUAUGUGGAAGACUCUUGUAAACUACACGAUGUUGAUGAUGAACGCUUUAGUGUUGCUGCCUGUGCUUUGUUGGAGCUGAGUGAUUAUGAUCCUAUGUGCAUAGACAGUGACAAUGGUGGUGCUAAUUCGGGUUAUAAAUAUGUAUGCUCGUGGAGUUGGGAACCUGAAAGUAAUAAAGAUCCCAGGAUGAUCUUCUGUGUAGAUACUGGGGAAUUUUUUAUGAUGGAAGUUCUUUUUGAUUCCGAAGGCCCUAGAGUUAAUCUGUCCGAGUGUCUCUAUAAAGGUCUACCUUGUAAAGCACUUUUGUGGGUUGAAGGUGGAUAUCUAGCUGCUCUUGUGGAAAUGGGGGAUGGUGUGGUCCUGAAAUUGGAAGAUGGAAGACUAUGCUAUACAAAUCCUAUUCAAAACAUUGCACCCAUCUUGGAUAUGGUAGUCGUGGAUUAUCAUGAUGAGAAACAUGAUCAAAUGUUUGCUUGUUGUGGUGUGGCACCGGAGGGAUCAUUAAGAAUUAUUCGAAAUGGUAUUAAUGUAGAAAAACUACAUAGGACUGCUUCUAUAUAUCAGGGGGUAACUGGUACUUGGACCGUCCGAAUGAAAGUUACUGAUUCACAUCAUUCUUUUCUAGUUCUAUCAUUUGUUGAGGAAACCAGAAUAUUGUCAGUUGGCUUAAGUUUUACUGAUGUAACAGAUUCAGUUGGUUUCCAACCUAAUGUUUGUACUUUGGCAUGUGGCAUUGUGACUGAUGGUUUGCUUGUUCAAAUCCACCAAUCUACUGUUAAACUUUGUUUGCCCACUAAGGCUGCUCAUUCUGAAGGUAUCCCUUUGUCCUCUCCUAUUUGCACAUCUUGGUCUCCCAACAACGUGAGUAUCAAUUUGGGGGCAGUUGGGCAUAAUUUCAUAGUUGUGUCAACCUCUAACCCAUGUUUUCUUUUUAUACUUGGGGUUAGAUUGCUAUCAACUUAUCAAUAUGAAAUUUAUGAAAUGCAACAUUUGGUACUGCAAAAUGAAUUAUCAUGCAUUUCCAUCCCUGGACAAGAAAUUGAGCAAAACAAAUCAAAUUCAUCCACUUCAGAAAAUAAUAGUAGCAUUUCUUCUUUUCAAAGUGGAGUGGACAUCAAUAAAACCUUUGUUAUUGGCACGCAUAGGCCUUCCGUGGAAAUUUGGUGUUUUGCACCAGCUGGAGGAAUUACGGUAGUUGCUUGUGGGACAAUUUCAUUAACGAAUACAAUAGGGACUGCUAUAAGUGGUUGUGUACCUCAAGAUGUACGACUUGUAUUUGUUGAUAAGUAUUAUGUUCUUGUUGGAUUGAGGAAUGGAAUGCUCCUUCGCUUUGAGUGGCCGGCAGAACCAUCUCCUUCAUCACCAAUAAAUAUGGUGGAUACUGCCUUGUCUUCUAUAAAUUUGGUAAAUUCUGGGUCUAAUGCUUUUGACAACAGAAAUGACCUUCCUUCCACGCUUCAAUUGAUUGCCAUUCGUCGGAUUGGCAUCACUCCAGUUUUCUUGGUGCCCCUGGACGACACUCUUGAUGCUGAUAUAAUUGCUCUUAGUGAUAGGCCUUGGUUGUUGCAUAGUGCAAGACACAGCCUUUCCUAUACUUCCAUCUCAUUUCAACCAUCCACACACGUGACUCCUGUUCGCUCUAUUGAGUGUCCAAAAGGAAUAUUAUUUGUUGCAGAAAACAGUUUACAUCUGGUGGAGAUGGUCCACAGCAAGAGACUUAAUAUGCAAAAGUUUCAUUUAGAGGGCACUCCACGGAAGGUCCUGUAUCAUGAUGAAAGCAAGAUGUUGCUUGUGAUGCGGACUGAACUGAAUUGUGGUACAUGUUUGUCUGACAUAUGUUGUGUGGAUCCCCUAAGUGGGUCAGUACUGUCGUCUUUUAGACUUGAACGUGGAGAAACAGGAAAAUCCAUGGAACUAAUAAGAAUUGGAAGUGAGCAGGUGCUUGUUGUUGGAACUAGUCUGUCUCCUGGUCCAGCUAUAAUGUCCAGUGGUGAAGCUGAGAGUUGCAAGGGCCGACUUCUUGUUCUCUGUCUUGAUCAUGUGCAAAAUUCAGAUAGUGGUUCAAUGACAUUCUGUUCAAAAGCAGGGUCAUCAUCUCAAAAAAAUUCACCUUUCCUUGAAAUAGUUACAUAUGCUCCUGAACAGUUAUCAAGCAGUAGUCUUGGCAGCAGUCCUGAUGAUAAUAGUUCUGAUGGCAUCAAACUCGAUGAAAAUGAAGUAUGGCAGUUCCGAUUGGCUUAUGCAACUAGGUGGCAGGGAAUGGUACUUAAAAUCUGUCCUUAUCUUGAUCGUUACUUCUUGGCAUCUGCUGGCAAUGCUUUCUAUGUUUGUGGUUUCCCUAAUGACAAUCCCCAAAGAGUGAGAAGGUAUGCUAUGGGAAGGACGCGUCACAUGAUAACAUCUUUGACUGCACAUUUUACUAGAAUUGCAGUUGGUGAUUGUCGUGAUGGUAUCAUUCUAUUUUCUUAUCAUGAGGAAGAAAAAAAAUUGGUCCAACUUUACUCUGAUCCAUCACAGAGGAUAGUUGCUGAUUGCAUUCUCAUGGAUGCUGAUACGGCUGUUGUUUCGGAUCGUAAAGGAAGCAUUGCUGUUUUAUGUUCAGAUCAUUUGGAAGACAAUGCAAGUACAGAAUGCAACUUAACGUUAAGCUGUGGUUAUUUCAUGGCUGAGAUAGCUAUGAGCAUCAAGAAGGGCUCUUAUUCUUACAGGCUUCCAGCUGAUGAUGUUUUGCAAGGUGGCAAUGGCCCCAAGACAAAUGUUGAUUCAUUACAAAAUACUAUUAUUGCCAGUACCAUGUUAGGAAGCAUAAUGAUCUUCAUCCCUUUAUCAAGGGAAGAAUAUGAGCUCUUAGAAGCAGUGCAAGCAAGACUUUUUCUCCAUCAUUUGACUGCGCCUGUUCUUGGAAAUGAUCAUAAUGAGUUUCGCAGUCGCGAAAAUCGGGUUGGAGUACCCAAAAUACUUGAUGGUGACAUGUUGACUCAGUUUCUGGAGCUGACAAGCAUGCAGCAAAAGAUGAUUUUGUCUUCGGAGCCACCAGAUAUGGUAAAACCAAGUUUGAAGCCACUCCUAGCCCCCCAUGUUUCUGUCAAUCAGGUGGUUCAACUUCUUGAACGAGUUCAUUAUGCUCUGAACUAAAUACACCAUUCAUCCCCGUUGCAACUGUUUUUUACAACGGAACGCAGAACAGAGAGCAUACAUAUGCAAUUCUAAAUAGUAUCGUUCGUCAACAGUUGUAUGCCUGCCUCAAGUGUUAUCUGACUUGGAACAUGUUAUCCCCAUCAACUGUGCAAAGCUAAGAAUCAAGUGAUAAUGUUCCUGGUCGUCAACAUCAGCUGCACAGUCAGCAUGACAGAGUCUCUUGUCUCUGUAUCUGUUGUAUUUUUCAGAUUUUAUACUAUAGGAAAAGGUCUUUGGCUCAAUUAAUUGUAUAUUAGUGGAAUUAGGGAGAGGGGCAUUCUUUUUGUUAGUUAUUUUAAAAUAUUUUGUAUAUUUAAUAAAAUUAUUUUCGUGUGAUAUGUUUCUUUGACCUUGUUCUUGUAUAGUUUAUUCAUUAAUCUCAUUUAAGAAUUUUCUUUUUAGA